ACCCACUACCGGCCACCGAGCAGCAGCACACCAAGGACAAGUAAGGAGCAGCAUCGGCAGACGGAGAGAGCUAGCUAUAGCCCGGGAGCAGCACACACAAACGUACCAGUAGCACAUUUUUGGUGCAGUGAGAAGGAGGCAGCAGGAUGUUCGUGAUUAAGCGCGACGGCCGCAAGGAAACGGUGUCCUUCGACAAGAUCACGGCCCGGAUCAGCCACCUGUGCUAUGGCCUCGACCCCAAGUACGUGGAGCCCACCCUCAUCGCGCAGAAGGUCAUCAGCGGGGUGUACCCGGGGGUCACCACGAGCGAGCUCGAUGAGCUGGCCGCGCAGACCGCCGCCUACCAAGCGACGCAGCACCCCGACAUGUCGCUCCUGGCGGCUCGCAUCUCCGUGUCCAACCUCCACAAGUGCACCUGGAAGACUUUCAGCAAGACCAUUGAGAUGCUGCACACCUACGUUUUGCCACAGACCGGAGAGAGGUCGUCGCUCAUCUCGGACGAGGUCUUCCGCAUCGUCAUGGAGAACAAAGAGGUCCUCGACUCCGCCAUCCAGGAUGAGCGCGACUUCGAGUACGACUACUUCGGUUUCAAGACCCUUGAGAAGUCUUACCUCCUCAGGGCCAACGGCUUCGUGGUCGAGCGCAUCCAGCACAUGCUCAUGCGAGUCGCUAUCGGCAUCCACCAGACCGACAUCGACAGCGCCAUCGAGUCGUACGACCUAAUGUCGCAGCGGCUCUUCACCCACGCCUCCCCGACGCUGUUCAACGCCGGGACCCCUCGCCCGCAGCUGUCCAGCUGCUUCCUGCUCAACGUCAAAGAGGACAGCAUCGAGGGCAUCUACGACACGCUCAAGCAGUGCGCGUGCAUCUCCAAGUUCGCGGGCGGAAUCGGAGUCUCGAUCCACAGCAUCCGGGCGACGGACUCCUACGUGGCCGGGUCCAACGGCUCUUCCAACGGUCUCGUGCCCAUGCUCAGAGUCUUCAACGACACCGCCCGCUACGUCGACCAGGGAGGGGGGAAGCGCAAGGGUUCUUUCGCCAUGUACCGGGAGCCGUGGCACGCCGACAUUUUCGCCUUCCUUGACCUUCGUAAAAACCAUGGCAACGAGCUCGAGCGCGCUCGCGACCUGUUCUACGCCCUGUGGAUCCCCGACCUCUUCAUGAAGAGGGUGGAGGCUGACGGGGACUGGAGCCUGUUCUGCCCGAACGAGGCUCCCGGCCUGCCCGACGUGUUCGGCGACGAGUUCGAGGCCCUGUACAAGUCCUACGAAGCCAAGGGCCUCGCCCGCCGCUCCAUAAAGGCCCGACAGCUCUGGGUGGCCAUCAUGGACGCGCAGGUUGAGACUGGCACGCCGUACAUGCUGUUCAAGGACGCGUGCAACAGCAAGAGCAACCAGAAGAACUUGGGCACCAUCAAGUCCUCCAACCUCUGCACGGAGAUCAUCGAGUACACCGACCCCGACGAGGUGGCCGUCUGCAACCUGGCGUCGAUCAGCCUGCCAGCCUUCGUUUCCGCGGGCGAGGACGGACAGCCGGCCUUCGACUUCCACCGCCUCUACGAGGUGACGAAGGUGGUGACGCGGAACCUGAACCGGGUCAUCGACGUCAACUUCUACCCCGUCGAGGAGGCGAAGCGGAGCAACUUCAGGCACCGCCCCGUGGGCCUGGGCGUGCAGGGCCUCGCUGACGCCUUCAUCAUGAUGCGGUUCCCGUUCGAGUCGGAAAAGGCGGCCAAGCUGAACAGGGACAUCUUCGAGACGAUCUACUUCGGUGCCGUGGAGGCAUCCGUAGAGCUUGCCGAGAAGCAAGGCACGUACGAGACGUACGAAGGGUCACCAGCUUCUCAGGGUCUCCUGCAGUACGACAUGUGGGGGGUCACUCCCUCCGACCGCUGGGACUGGGCAGGGCUGAAGGCGAAGAUGGCUCAACACGGGCUGCGCAACUCGCUCCUGCUAGCCCCCAUGCCCACCGCGUCCACGGCGCAAAUCCUGGGCAACAACGAGAGCGUCGAGCCAUUCACCAGCAACAUGUACAACCGGAGGGUCCUCGCGGGAGAGUUCGCGGUGGUGAACAAGCACCUCCUGAGGGACCUCACCACAAGGGGCCUCUGGACGCCUAGCGUCCGCAACCAGAUCAUCGCCGACCAGGGGUCGGUGCAGCGUGUCGACAUCCCGCAGGACCUCAAGGACCUGUACAAGACGGUGUGGGAGAUCAAGCAGAAGGUGGUGAUCGACAUGUCGGCGGACAGAGGAGCCUUCAUCUGCCAGUCGCAGUCCAUGAACGUGCACAUGGCCGAUCCCACUCAGGGUAAGCUGACUUCCAUGCACUUCUACUCGUGGAAGAAGGGCCUCAAGACCGGCAUGUACUACCUUCGAACCAAGCCGAAGGCCCACGCAAUCCAGUUCACCGUAGACCAGGAGUCAUUAGCGGCAGCGGUGAGGGAACAGGCUCUGCUGCGGCGGGAGGGCAAGGGUGGCGACGAGUCCGCCAAGGCUAACGAGGAGGAGGACGACGGGGAAUGCCUAACCUGCUCCGCCUAAUGUUCCUGCCAGAACAGUGUUGUAGUCUAAUACUACGAUAGUUUUGAUUACAUGUCAUGAAGAACGUGGGCGGCAUCGCAGUGCAGGGAACGUAUGGCGGAGGAGUGCUGCUCUGCUCACACAACGACCUCUCUAUGCGCUGCUUCUCUCAAAUGUACAUAACGAUUGUGCCUCAACUGAUGUUGCAUUCAUUUUCCGAGGGUCAGGGGAAAGUUUGUUUUUGGUGUCAUGGCAGCAAGUGUUGCUGUUCGCCAUGUGAGACCUAUCAUAGCUCGUGUGAUAGGCAGUGAUUCCUGUCUGAUGUGCCCCCUGGUGGGUGUUCGAGAGCUUGGCACUGUGAGUUGAAAGCGAGACACCGACCUCGGCAGCCGUGAUGUUCGAUUAUGAUUU